CUCGCGUCGCCGAUCCCUCGCUCCUUCGCCGACUCGCCUCGCCGCUUGUCGCCUCGUCCUCGUCCCGCUCGUACGCGCGGAGGCAGGCGCCACGAAUUCACUUCACGAGACUUCGGCUCCGCUCGGUCAGUUCCGGCUGCCGGCCAGAAGAAUUCGUCAGUAUUCGCCGCGCUGCAUUGCCGGCAAGUUGUGCAUAGGAGUAAAGGUGAUUUGAUUUUCCUAGGGAUCAAGAAAAAAAAAAUAAAAAAGAAAAAAAAGAAAAGAGAAAGUAAGAAAAAAGAGAAAAGAAAAGUGCGCGAACGAUCUGAUCACGGAUACAAUAUAGUUUGGAAGAUAUCCGAAUUGCAUUUACAGUGUAAACCGAGAAAGUAGUCAGACUCCAAAGAGAGAGAGAGAGAGAGAGAGAGAUAGUUCAAUCGCGCUGCGAAAAGUACAAGAAGCUCUGAUAGUUUGACUGUCUGACGCCUUUGCACCGUCUCGAUCUGCUGAUCUGCCGAGGAGAGACAGAUCUAUCGAGGAUUCACCAAAAGUGUUCGAGUGUGUUCAUUAAUUGGAGAAGACGGAGGGAGUGGGAACUCGGUCAGAGAACAUCGAUGAGAAGUAGGAAGAAAGGCGGUGAUUUCGGAGCAGAGAGGACAUCGAUAGUCUGGCCUGUUCGACGAGUCGAGAUCGCGUCGAGAUUGGCCGAGUGCGUGCGAGAUCGUGUGCGAAAAGCGACGCGACACGGCCAGCCGUACCCCGGCGCAAAAAGUUUUCGCAAGAGCGUGCCGCGUAGAAACCGCCAGGCAACAAACUCGAAGAUUCUUUCCUCGCAGUGGGCCAAGUUCUUUAUCAAAACAUGGCCACGUGACCGACGGCGCGGCUUGUAAACAGUGAGUUUGACCACGUGGUCUGCCCCCUCUCUUGCGGCCGUCUGUCCCUCUCGCGCCGCUUCUCUUUCUCUGUUUCUGUCUCGCUCGCUCGCUCGCGAUACGCAGAACGACGUACAGCGUAGCGUAUUCUCGGUCGGUCCGCUGCCAGCUGCAGGAGAGUUCGAUUCGAGUGAUACUCCGCGAUACUCAGCGAUACUCCGCUUUUCCUCGCAGUCGCUUCGCCGCCGCUUCUCGUUUUCUCUCCGCGCAACCACACGCGCCGAGUACCUAUCGAUACGCACCGCGCGCGCGAUAUAUAUCGUUCGCGGUCGUGCGGCCGGUGAAACAACAAGCCGUGUGACGAAUCGCGGAACGUAGAGGAACGAGAGAACCCGAGGGAAACGAGAUAUAACGGGAGGUAAAAAGGAAAGAAACAAGUGAUCCCGACUCGUUCGAUUUCUGCUUUUCGGUUUUCGACGCUUGUUACCAACGUAGUGCGUAGUUUUCACCGGGGCUAAACAGUGACAGUGUGUAUAUCGUUAUCGUCGGUAGCUUCGAUUUUCGAUCGUUACGGCGAGUUCUCGCGGUUUCUCGCGGUACAGGCGGCGCGAUACAGACUUUGCGAACGGGCGGACAGCACCUCGCGAGGUGCUCGCGAUCAAACUGGAGUACACAGAGGAAACGAACAUGAUGGACUCGGUGCCGGUUUCGUCGGGGUCGAAGACCGGGUUGCAACCACAGCAGGGGGUACCGUACGACCUUGAGAGCGGGUUCGAACCACAGACGAGAGCACGGUCGCACACGUGGCCGCUGCCAAGACCGGAGGAAUACAUCGAGGGAAACGUGGUGCCGAGCGUAUCGGCUAGCAAAGAGGGCGUCGAAGGCGUCGAAAGUGGCACGCCGCCUCAGCAUGGCACUCUCGGCCAAGGUACCGGCUUGCUUCCGGUCAAGAAGAAUUCCUCCCGGCGGAACGCCUGGGGAAAUCACAGUUAUGCCGAUCUCAUUACUCAGGCCAUUACCAGCGCCCCCGACGAACGGUUGACUCUCUCGCAGAUUUAUGAGUGGAUGAUGCAGAAUAUCCCGUACUUCAGGGAAAAAGGAGAAAGCAACAGCAGCGCUGGUUGGAAGGCGUGCACGCUCCGAUUGAAAAUUUUGAUUGAAAAUUCAACCUUGGAGCUGGAAAGCAGUCAAGGAUAUCCAGAAAGAAUGCCGGCACCGGUCGGAUAUUACUGAAACAGGAAAGCGACGGAAAGGUUUCUCCUCUCCUCUCGGUGUUCGAAACGUGAAAAGCCCUUAAGCAAUAUCGGCGCCGUGGGUUCAGACUGAUUUCUCAAAGCUACAGGAUCGCCGGCUCGUACGAAGAAGAAGAAGAAGCAGCAGCAGCAGCAACAGCCCAUGAAACCGGCAAAGGUCGGUCAUCCGUCCGGUUUUAGUACUCGUUGCCCGCAAGUCGUGGCCGUCAUUACAACGUUCUGAACACGGUGUUCGGUCCAUGACGAUUAGACAGCCGUGGUUCGUUUAAUAAUCGGUAACCAAGCGUAGACAUCGGUCUGAGAAUCGGUAUCCACCCGGUAAAGCGCCAUUCUUUCACCGCAGCCUCUUAUUUUGCCCGUUUACUCUGUCUGGAUUUUAUGCCGUUUCCGACGCCGGGCUGAAAAGCGGGCUUUGUCUUCCACGUGGAUGUCUCGCGCGUUCG